GCCAUGUUCAAGAAAUUUUCUUCGGAAGACAUAUCCGGGCAGAAUCAGGUCAAGGCGUCUGUACAGCGGAGGAUCCGGCAGAGCAUCGCGGAGGAGUACCCUCUCCUCGAGCCUUUGCUAGAGGACAUGCUUCCGAAGAAGUCACCGAUGAUUGUGGUUAAAUGCCAAAACCAUCUGAAUCUUGUGGUGGUCAAUAAUGUCCCUCUCUUCUUCAACAUCCGUGAUGGUCCGUACAUGCCGACCCUGCGGCUUCUUCAUCAGUAUCCCGAGAUCAUGAAGAAAUUCCAAGUGGACAGAGGUGCUAUCAAGUUUGUUCUCUCUGGUGCCAACAUUAUGUGCCCUGGACUGACAUCGCCUGGUGGUGCGUUGGACAAUGAAGUCGAUGAGGAAACACCAGUGGCUAUAAUGGCUGAAGGCAAACAGCACGCGUUGGCGAUUGGAUUUACAAAGAUGUCAGCGAAAGACAUAAGCACCAUCAACAAAGGAAUUGGAGUUGACAACAUGCACUAUUUAAAUGAUGGCCUGUGGAAGGUACUCUGCUUACAUACGUCUCCAUGUUAUGAUAAGCCCGUGCAAAAACGAUGGAACGUCUUGAAUAAGUAG